CGAUCGCUUAACCCCCAUCUCGAGCCGCGACGCGACCUUCUCAUCGCGACACCUCGCCGCCCCGACUCUGGCCAUCCCAAGACCCCUUCGGCCCAUCUCCCCGCGAUCGUCGCUAUCUCGUGCUGCCACUGACGUCGCGCCCAACAGCCCGAUGGGUUCCCCUUCGCGCAUCCACCAGUCAUGAACUCCUGGAUGAACGAGGCCACGGCCGCCCAAAACCACAAUGCCUCCGGCUUCCCCCACAACAUGAACGACCCGAAUGCCGUCGCCGCCGCCGGCAUGAUGGACGCUUCCGCCUUCAUGGCCAACCCGGCCCAGUUCAAUCCCGCCGCCGCGUCCCCAGGCCAAUUCGCCAACCCCCAACAGAUGGCCGCCGCCAUGCAGAACGGCCGUAUGGGCAACGCCUCGCCCUCGUUCCAGAACCCCGUCUAUCAAACAAACCCCGUCAUCCCCUCGAAGCGACCCCGGCCGAGGGAAGAGAGCGUCGGCGCCUCGCCGCGACAGAACCCAAACAUGCUCCCGACGUCGCGCGCCGACACGCCGUCGCAGGCGCAGUUCCCUCAGGGCUUCCCGGCUGGCAACAUGCCGGGCCAGGCGCAACAGUACUCACACCUGCAGGCCAAUGGCUCGGCCAACGCGUCGCCAUCUCCCGUCAUGGCUGGCAACCAGAUCCGCCCAGGGAGCGUGCCGCAGCGCGUCAACACGGCCUCGCCGCACUCGUUCUCGCCUGCGCAACAGCAGUUUGCGCCGCAGACGUCCCCCGUCCCAUCAGAGCACGGCGGAACACCACAGCCCAACUCGUUUAUGCAGGCGCAGAACAUGCAGCAGGGCUUCAACCCAAACUUUGCGCCAUCGCCGUCCCCGGCAAGGCCGCCCUCAGCACAGAACAUGAUGGGCCAGCAGAUGAUGCCGCAGCAGAUGCAGCAGAUGGGCCAGCAAAUGCAGCCACAGAUGCAUCCACAGCAAAUGUUCAACCCCCAGCAAAUGACGCCACAGCAGAUGCAGCAAAUGCAACAGAUGCAGCAGAUGCAGCAGAUGCAGGCGCAGGCGCAGGGGCGAGGUGGCGUCAUGGACCAGCAACAGCGCAUGAUGUACCAGAUGCGCCUCCAGCAGCAGAUGCAACAGCAAGGCAACAUGCAAAUGGCUGCACAGAUGCAGGCGCAGAACAUGAAUCAGGGCAGAGGCAUGAUGCCCAAGCAGGGCAUGCCCAUGGCUAAUGGGCAGAUGCCUCCAGCUGCCAUGAGGCCGCAGCAGCAGCCAGCUCAGAUGCCUAGAGGCGCGAGCCCCGAUGGUUUCUUGAAAAGCCUUACGCAAUUCAUGGCGCAAAAGCAGCUGCCCUUGGACACGAACCCAUCGAUCGAGGGCCGUCCGCUACACCUCCUACAACUAUUCCAGAAUGUCUCCAAAUUCGGCGGAUACCAGGCCAUCACCGCCCGCAACAUGUGGGCGCAGGUCGCGGCCUCGGUCGGCUUCAACCCUCAGCAGGUCCCGUCCGCGCCGUCGCAUGUCAAGGUUAUUUACGAGAAGAACCUGCUCAAGUUCGAGGAGGCUUGGUCGCAAACACAGAAGCAGAACCAGGCAAAACAGCAAGGUAUGCAGGGCCCGCCAGGUCAGCCUGGGCAGGUAGGACAACCACAGCAGCAGCAACAACACCAACAACAGCAGCGGUUGGGCCAGAUGUCACCGACCCAGCAGAUGGCCCCGGGCCAGCCACCACAGCAGCAGCAACAUCAGAUGCACCAGCCACCAGUCCAGACGCCCGUGAAGCCGAUGGCGCAGGGCAUGCAGCAACCCAAUGUGAAUGGCUUUAACUCGCCGCAACAUCCUCAAGGCGGGCCACAGCAACCUGUCGGCACACCCGUGCAUAACAGAAACAGCAUGUCGCGAAGUAUAGACCAUGGCACCAUGGGUGGCGACUUCCCCAUGGCCUCGCCCGCUGGUUCCACGAAAGCGGGCUCGAUGUCAGCGACGCACCCGCCACAGGACAUGGCGGUAACCAAUGGUGCCGCCACCCUGCCGUUCCCGGGGCCCUUUGCCGCACACCCUGACGAGUACCAGCCCUGUUCUCGAGAGAUCGACGUCAAGAACUAUGGCGGGCUCGAUCUCGACUCUGUGGCCAACCUGGGCGCUGAUAUCGAGCGCUGGAGGCCAGACAUGCCAAUGCCGCAUGAUCUCGGCAUGAUUGACCUUCACGCACUCACAAAGAGCCUGCAAUGCGGCAUCCACGGAGAAGUCCGCCUCGCGCUUGACACCCUCGUGUCGGUCACCCGGGCUUCCGAGGGCGCCCAGCACUUCAUCAUCGACCUCAAGUACUGCGACGACCUGGUCGAGACACUGGUCGAGUGCGCAGAGGACCAGGUGGACACCCUGGUGGAGCAGCUGGAGCCCGUGUCGGACGAGAUUGACCUCAAGUCAUACGAGGACGUCGUAAGGGACUGCCGGGCGGAGACCUUGUCGUUGCGCAAAGUGACGGUGUUUGGCGAUGCGGAUUACCACCUCGAGCGUGCAGCAGACAGACUCAUUGCCGUGACGACCAUCCUGCGCAAUCUCUCGUUCUUUGAGAUGAACCAGCCUGUGCUCGCCGAUGAGAGCGUCAUCAAGUUCCUCUGCAGCGUCAUGAGGACCCUCGGCACACACGAAAACAUGCUCCAGGGGCCGACCAACUGCCUCGACUUCAUGAAGGACAUCAUCAUCCUGCUGUCCAAUAUUGCUGGCUACAUUGAGCUCGCCAACCGCGAUCAGGCAUCGUGCCUGUUGCAGGUACUGCUUGCGUUUGCUCCUUCUCCCGCGCCCAUCCUGGCGGAUGGUAAGCUGGUCUUUGCUUCAUUUGAGCCGUCCGUCCACCAAUACCUGCCCCAUGCGGUGGAUGCCCUUGCCAAGCUCCUGGCGCGGGACGAGCCCAAUAGGACGCACUUCAAGAACAUCUUCGCCGCCGACUCUACUUCUUCCACGCCGAACGAGCUGCUUACACGCACAUUUGCGCUCGCCAUCUCGCCGAUUCCAGAGCAGAACAAGGAGAACCGCCCGGCGUCUCUGCCGAGCCUGAUUGAGGCCAGGAAGCCCCUGCUGAUGCAGGGACUGCUUGCAGCUGAUAUUCUUGCGCAGCUCGCGCCGGGCUACGAGUCGGGCGUCACGCGGUCAUGGCUAUCCUCGGGCGAGGGCUUCGCCCAGAACCUGUAUCGCAUGAUCAGGACACUUUGCGCCCAGGCCGAGCCGGCGAUCGUUCGGGGCAAUGCGCGUUCACAACCGCGCGAAGACACGGACGUGCUGUACAUUAUCAGCUGUGGUAUCUCUACACUGCGGAGACUAGGCGACAAGGCGAGAGACCCCAAUGACCCGUUCUCGACACCGCCGGCUGUGCUGCCGACCAGAGAGAGCGUACUGGGUGCAUUUCAGAGUCUGAAGAAUCCCAAGUGGGCACAUGUGUUGGCACAGAUGAGCGCAUAUGCUGGUCUGGACUGAUGAAGGACCGCUGAAGGGGUGGGAGGCGUAGAUCUAGAGGAGGGAAAGAAAAGACCAGCAUGUAGCGUGGCGUUCAGGAUUGACCAAUUUUUUUGUACAGACCAGGCGACGGGGGAGCAAUGGCACAUUUCAUGUUGUAGAGUACUAGCUUCCAAAUGGCAAAUGGAUCGAGACAGAUUGCUUGAUGACAGAU